AUGUCAGCAAGCGCCCCAUAUCCCGAGUUUUGGGUCCGCAAAAUGCGCUCAUUUUUUGUAAAGUUCGACCACGACUUGGAUGGCGUUGUCAAAAAGGAAGAUGUGAUGGACUUUUGCAAUGUUAGGGCAAAGUCUCUCCUCAAUCAAGAACAAAUGGAAACGUAUAUGGACCAAGUGAACUACGCUUGGGAUUAUUUCUGGGCCGGUCCGGAGAAGAAAAUGAGUGUUACUUUUUGGGACUUUGUCCGCAACCACGCACGCAAUUUUCGCGAACCAGAUUUUCAAGAAGAGGAGAAAAUGUGGUUCUGUGUCUAUUUUGACAAAAUCGCAGACAAAAAUGGCGACGGUAUUGUGACCAGAAAGGAAUAUGAAGAGUUCCUUGGUCUUGUUGGCGUACACCCGCUAUCCGUUCCUCCAUCAUUUGAUGCCUUGGACACAGAUGGUGAUGGUCAGAUAAGCAAAGAGGAGUUCGUAAAUGCUGCCGUCGGUUUCUUCUGCUGCACUGCAGACACCCCGGCAAAAAAGGAAUAUGAAGAGUUCCUUGGUCUUGUUGGCGUACACCCGCUAUCCGUUCCUCCAUCAUUUGAUGCCUUGGAUACAGAUGGUGAUGGUCAGAUCAGUAAAGAGGAGUUCGCAAAUGCUGCCGUCGGUUUUUUCUGCUGUACUGCCGACACCCCGGCAAAGUUAUUUUGGGGUCCGUUCUUGGCUUAA